UGUCUGUCGCCCGCUGUACUGUCGUUUUUACCCCUAACGGAAUUGAAUUUGAGAAUGGAAGUCUAUCCGACGACAGAAUGGACCGAAGUUAACACAAACUUGAUCUUCCAAAAGGUACAGGAAUUAAUGCAGAAAAAGCUUAGUGUGUUUUUCCUGAUAUCUGAAGACAACUCAACGUCUGAGUAUAUCGGCAGCAAUGACUUGGUAACAAAGUUUGAAACAUGUGGUUUGAAAGCCAAACCAUAUGAUAUCAAUAGAACACAUACACAUCCAUGUAUUGAAAUGGCAUCAUCUCUGAAUACUGAGACAACAAAGGAUUCAGAAGAGGGAUUGCAUGAUAGGGAUGAGGAUGAUCCUGACAAUCCUGGGAAAAAAUCAGAGACAGUUAUUGAUGAUGUAUGUAUGGCUGCUAAACGGUUGGAAGAAGUAUGUAAUUCUUUGAAGUACAGUAGAGGAAAUGAUGGUCAAGAUGGCUGCUGUGACGAUGAAGUGGAAGAUGAAGGGAGUGAGCAGGAUGCAGAGUAUGAUAGUUUUGUUUGUAGUAAAUAUGCAGAUGCUGGAGAAGACCUUGAUGAUGUUGUUAGAAUUAAUGAAAACAAAACAGUUGAUGCUCAUUAUGAAGAUGAGAAUGAAUAUCAUCGUGAUGUAGAUGAUGAUAAUUGUGAUGCCGAUUAUGAAAAUAACAGUAAUAAACGGAAAAGAGAGAAGCCAAAGAGACAAACAAUUUCAAAUGACACACAACAUGAUAGAAGUAAUCAUGAUAAAAAAAUGACUGUUGCUAAAAAUGUAGCGAAACGAAAAUAUAAAAGAUGUACCAAAGAAGAAAAAGCUCUAAAACCUGAAAAAAUCAGAAAACUUAUGGAGGAGUCAAUGAAUGAAAGGGAAAUGAUGUGUCAAAAAUGUGGAAAAGGAUUUGCAUUAAAAUCAAGCUGGAAAAUCCAUGUAUCAAAUAAUAUUUGUUUUCAAAGAAAAUGUCGGUUCUGUCAUGCAGCACCAAUGAUGUACAAGGACUGGAUGUUUCAUAUGAUAGCCAACCAUGCUACCAAAAUGACAAUUUAUCGCUGCGAAUUAUGUGGAAAAGAGUUUCUUCAUAAUACUUUGCACAAAAAACAUUUACAUCGAAUACAUGGGAAAGAAUGGAAGUGUUUUACAUGCAACAUCUGUGGAAAAAUGUAUCGAUAUCAGCCACAGUUGAAGUUUCAUAAAAUCCAACACCAUGAAAAAAAAAAUUAUACCUGCUGCUUCUGUGAUAAAAAGUUUGCUACAGAAAAGGUAUUGCUCAAACAUCAGAAUCAGCAUACAGAAGGUAAAAAAUAUGAAUGUGAACUUUGUGGUGGAUUAUUUGUAAGUUCUUCAAGCCUAGGGAGUCAUAUGCACGUUAAGCAUAUAAAAAAUAAAUAUUCCUCAUGUCAGUAUUGUGAGAAAUCGUUUUACCUUAAAAGUGAACUGGAACUUCAUUUAAGUUCAGUGCAUGACAAAUUUGAAAAUCUUAUACAGUGUGACUAUUGUGAUAAAGUUUUCAAACAUGAGCUUCGUCUAAAGGUGCACAUCAGAAGAAUGCACAUCAGUAACCCAGUUCAAUGUGAGGUAUGCGGGAAACAGUUUCGAAACCAGGAGAAACUGAGUCAACAUAUGUUUGUUCACUCUGAUGUAAAAGAACAUCGUUGUGACUUGUGUGGCAGGGAAUUUAAACAGAAACAUGCUUUGAAACGUCACAUGUCAGUACACAACAAUAUUAGACCAUGGCAGUGUGAUAUGUGUGGAUAUACAUGUAAACUGAAAGGAAAUCUAGUCAAACAUAUGAAAACUCAUAACGUGAAAUAA